AUGAAAACUAUGAAAGAUCAACUGUUGAGGUGGAUUUGCGAAAAGCACGCAAUGGAUAGCCCACUAGACAGACGCAUGGUUCGGGAAAAAGCGCUAGAGUUAACAAAGACAUAUAAAGUCGACGGUUUCAAGUGUUCGAACAAAUGGAUUACGAAUUUCCUGAAGGAGCACGGUUUCUCUACAGACCUGAGCAACCGUACCGGGCCAUAUUUCUGCAACUACCGCGACUGGAUCGACAUCAUGAGAUCGACGAUAGAAAAAUACAAGCACAACGAUGUGUUUCACAUGGACGAGCUGACCAUGUACUCCGACAUCCUUCCAGCGAGGAUCGCGAGUCCUCGAUCUAAAGUAUCCGCGGCCAAUCGAAUAACGAUACUGAUGGGUUGCAACUCUUCUGGAACGAGCAAACUACCGCUUCUGAUUUGCGGACCUUACCCGUCCAGAACUACGACCAAGGGCCACCUUUACUGCCACAGCGAGGAUUGUUCCAUCAGCGACGAGCUGUUCACCGAUUGGCUAUUGGCCGUUAACGAUCGUAUGAUCGAGCGCGAUCGUACGAUCCUGCUGUUUCUCCCACGAAGCAGAGCUCGCGCACUUGACGGUAUAACGUUGAGGAACGUGAACCUGGUUUACCUUCCCAAUGCUUUCCCAACGCACUUGCGACCGUUGCGAAGGGACGUUUUCCAUUACGUCAAGAUGAUCUUCAGACGAAGGUACGCGGCACGUUUGGAACGACGUACCUCCGAAUGGAACCUUCGCGACGUCUUGGAAUCCUUGAUCGAGGGUUGGGAAAGAGUACCGCGCGAAAUCGUAAUAUACGGUUUCCAAAGGACACGUUUCAGAACCGACAACUGCUUCAUGCAGAUCGAUUGCGACUGCUGGCCAACACUGAACACGGGCGUUUCGUUCAAAAGAUUCGUCACGUUCGACGACGAUCUCUCGGACGAACGCGUGUCCUCCGAAAGGAACAACCGAUAUCACGGCUACAAUCUCAGGGCUGACGCCAAAAACCUCCUACAGAUUGAUAACGAGGACAGCGUCGGUUUGACAUUGGACCAAGUCGAAAACGCUGACGAGUCGGUUAUGGUAAAUCGACCGGUAUCGAAUCAAAAUUCCACUCCUUCGUCUUCGAUUUGUCAACAAGCCCGGGACAUUUCUACACGGCGACGGUCCAGAUCUCCAGAAUUGGACGGUUCUGGAGAACAUUUCAAAGCUGACGGUAAAAACGAGAAAAGAAUGAAAACGGAGCACGACUGGUCGAAGCAGUACGAAACUACUUUCGUUUUCGGCUCCCCGAAUGCGAAUGCGAAUGUUAACGCGACCGCAAACACCUCGAAUCGGAAAAAUUGCUCCGCGGAGCAGCAUCGAGACGACAAAAAUAUUCUCGAUUCCUACAUUUUCAACGCAACACCGUCAUCCGCCUCUCCGAGAUACUAAACGACCAAGUUCAUCUUUCUUUCGAAAUAUAAUACAACAGAUUUCCCAUAACCCAGGCGAACGAAUAUAUAUACAUUUCCGUAAAAAAGUCUCGGGACUUACUUCUGUGUUGUUUCUAUAUGUACGUUACGAUAAGUACGAAAAUAUUUGCGAAAUUCCACAAAAGUGUAUUAUUCCAUACCAAACAACAGAAAAUAGAUAGUAAUUCUGCUUGAACGUCUGCGUUUGUAUUUCGAUCUCGUUUGCCACCAGUUGUUUCCUUUCUACUAUAAUUAGACGGUGCAUAAUUGCACAUCCAUAGACCCGUCGCACGGUUCGUGGUAACGAUUUUUGUCCUUAUCGUUUAACCGACCUCUUUCUUCUCUCCGGGGACACCUAUCGCAAAAUACCUAGAAAAAUAAAAUUUUCUUCUUAUGAAUCGAAACAUUGUUUCUUUUUUCAUUGCAUUAAAUUACAUUACAUUACAUAAUGGUGCGUUACGUUGCGUUAAAGAUUAUAUCAAACAACGCGUGCACGAUAACGCAACUGCACGAUUUCGCUAAUGCAAACAUAUCACUUGAAUGUUUCCUUCCUACGAUUCCACGCGGGUAUACCUACACUUACGCAUGUACACUCCCAGACAAAAAGAUAGCACAGGUGUGCUAUCUUUAAUAUCUCGUAUUAAGAUUAUGCUAGCGUGAAAACUCGUGAGUUAUAUCUAAAACGUACCUUCUACGAAUAUGUAAACAUAACAUAGGUUGACUUUACUUCAAUGAUUUCUCUUAAUUCGAAGAGAAGCACAUAAUUCAACACAGACAAAAUGAUAGCACACUUGAAAAAUAAAGAUAUAUAUUUCAUAUAACACCACUACCACAACAAAAGUAUACAUAUUUCUUAGAAUAAUAUAUAUACAAAACUAUAUUUUUCUAAUAAUGCGUAGAACCCCCUUUGUUUUCUGUAAUUUCCACCAUCCUUUAAGGUAAAGAAUUACAUAUAUAGUUAUUUAAUUUUUAUUUGUAUUAAAUUUUCCCAUUCGGUUAUAACGCAAGUUUUUAAUUCACUUAUAUUUGAAAAUCGUCGGCCUUCGGCAUACAUUGCUUGCAAAAGCAUCGCCCAGCAAUUUUUGAUGAUAUUAUUGUCGAGUGCGCGCGCCGGCCAUUGACGAGUGGAAAUAUUCUCCUUAAAAAAAUAUUCCUUAAUAAUUUUAGCAGCAUGUGUUGCAGCAUUAUCUUGCUGAGAUAUAUAUGGUGUAACAGCAGUGCGUUCUGCAUACGUAUAAAUUUGAUUUUUUAUUAGUUUAAGGUAACGAAUGCUAUUCAUUUUGCUCUGAAUAAACUUAAUUUCUGUUUUCCCUUGAUAUCCGUUAACAGCCCAGACCAUAUUACUCCAUCUCCACACUUUUGACGUCGAUUUUUGUUAGUGGUUGUUUACGAACAUUGUAAUAAUAAUACGUACAUCUGUCUGGGCCAUCAAGGGUGAAGCGUUUCGCAUCCGUAAAGAUGACUUUUCUUCAAGUCUUCUUCCAAAGUACAUGUGCAUUUGCAAAUAACAACCGUGUCUCCUUGUGUCUUGCGUUUAGUGAUGGUUUCGCCAUUAAUCUAGCUUGAUUUAUAAUGCCUAGUCUGGAGUCUUCAUGGCGAACAU